UCCUGGGAAGCUAAGAAUAAUUUACGUGAGGCUGGUUAUUAAUUUAGCUCUUCUCUCUUAAAAAGAAUAUAGGCCAAGCAUAAGAAAUGUCAGGAGUAAACAACAGUUCUUAUUGGGCUUUGAACUGCACCAACCCCAGAGAUUUGGCCCUUCCUUUGGUUCCCUACAUGGACUGUCCCUCCAACCGCAUGUACGCUUCCAACUUUAUACCUCUUGUCUUUUACACACUUACCGUUCUUGGAACAAUUGGAAACCUCUGGAGCCUGUGGGUUUGUCUGCGUCCAUCCCAACCUUGGAGUAUUGGAUCCAUAGGUGUCCUGAACCUGGCUCUGUGUGACCUUGCAUAUCUGAUGUCUAUGGGACCAUGGGCUGUCUACAUUAGCUCCGACUACCACUGGAAAAUUGGCCAUUCGCUCUGCGUGGUGGUGAAAAUCCUAUACUUCGGCGGUUUGACGUCUAGUACCAUGUUCAUCUGCGCCAUCAGCACCGACCGCUUCCUUGCAAUCGUCUUCCCUCUGGAGUCCCGGAUGAUCCGGACCCCUCGGAACAGCGCACUGGUUUCGCUUCUACUCUGGGCCAUCACCGGCCUCUUGAUCUACUUCAGUUAUCCUAACAUUCUAUACUGGGUCAGGAAAGAUGGCAUCCAGGUGUGUGGAGCAGUGGUGAUCUCCAGGUUCAGGACCACUGAAGCAACCUACAAUCUUCUGUCCUAUUACUCCAUACAGGUUUCUGUCCCGUUGUUCCUCAUCAUUCCCUCCUAUGUGAAGAUAAUUUCCCGGAUGAAACAGUCACGGCAACAGUGGGGCCCGGGCAACAUACAAGGCCUUGACAAGACCAUCUGGCUGAUUGCCGUUUUCAUUGCCAAUUUCCUGGUUUGUUGGGUGCCAGGGCAGCUGCUUCACAUCAUCGCCUGUAUCAUUUUCUUCAGUUUGGAUCACUGCAAAAACGCUUGCUGGGUUGCAUGGGUGGUCAACCUGCUCUCUGAAUCCUCCCAGAUACUCUACUGUUUUAAUGCAUGUCUUGAUCCUUUAAUUUUCCACAUGCAGCAAGGACACUGUGAACUGGUUGUGUUGGCGAACUGGGUUAGAAAGGUCUUACACGUAAGAAAGAAACACGAUUUGGAAGGACCUUCAGAGGACCCUCCCAGUGUGAUCCAACUUCACGGUGGUUCCAAAGAUCGAACGACCCAAACUCAAAAUAGUAAAACCAUGAAAAAAUAAUAUUUUAAUGAUAAAACCUCCCACACUUGUCUAGUUGCACGAGUGUGAGUUGAUGUAUCUAAUGUUUUAAUAAUCUUGUGCUGGUGUUUUCAUGCUUUGUGUGUGUAUAAUUUCCUAUAUUGUAUUUAUUAAUGUCAGAUUUCACUGCUGUAGAUGUUUGUUAUAGACAAAAGGUGCAUCCUGUAUCUGUGUACGUCUGACUCCUUGUUUCAAAUGUCAAAUGAGUUUUGUCUAAAUUUCAGUUGUUCUAAAGGUGGCCAUAUAUACUAUGUGCUAGUCAGGUUGAGUUUACUUCUAAGGUACUUCUUGGCAUCACUAGAUGGCAGAAUUGUAUAAAAUUAUAGGUAUGCACCAGACAUAAUUCAGUACAACAAAAUUGCCUAAAUGUUCAUUUGUCAGUGUUGCUUUACAAUUACUGCUAUUUUGAGUUUUAAUGCCACAGCAGGCUGAAUUUGUUCUUCGUAAAUCUUUAUUUGUCAGCCAUAAAUACUCUUUAUUGUUCAUCAUGCCCCUGAUUUUAGGACAUCUCCUUGUUGUCUUUCAUUUAGAGUACUUGGAAAAUUAAUAUAACAGUCUAGGUGCAUGUGGUGGAUAUCACAGAAUGACAUAUCUAAACUGGAGAAUUGCAACCAUGCUGUGUUUACAUUGGGACCAUAGCUGUAAAAUGCAAAAGGAAUUCAUGCAUUACAUGGUAUGACCAGCAGGUAGCUAGUUUUUUUUUUUUUUUUUUUGCUGAUACAAGAUGGUACAUUUGAGCUUGGACCAUCUUAAACCGGCUACCAAGUUGCAAAACUGAGAUACUAUCUCAAACUGGGUUUUCCAACUGGUGGAAUGAAUAUAAUAAUGCCACAAUUUUCUGUUCUGCUAUUAGUCCUAGUAUCUGCAAACAUCAAA